AAGGUUCUUCGGCGCCUCAGUCGCUGCGGGCGCGGGGAGCGGGUGGUGGCUGCGCUGCGUCCUGCCGGGCUGCCUGGUGCCCUGCUUUCCUGGCUGGAAGGAGCCUGCCCUGCCGCUCGCUAUGGGGGUGACUCACGAAGCGGGGCUGUCUCCUCAGGCGUCGCCCCUGGAGCAGGAUCCGUGCGGGGGGAGCCCGACUGGCUGGAGCCGAGGCGCCCAAAUGUCUCACGGGAACCAGCACCGGGGGUGUCCGGCGGCUCCCAGCGGAACAGAGACUGGUUAUUGUAGAGCAACAAAGACAGAACCAGCUUCUGAAAGUAACAGCAUGGAGAAAACAGUGGUGAAGAAAACUGAUGACAUGACAGGCUUCAUGGAUGACUUAACCCUCAGCUCACCGAAGAAGAGAGAAGCUUCUUUGAGAUCCAGGAGAAGUUGUGAUAGGUCAUCAACAAGGUCAUCCAGCAGAUCCUCUUGCAGCUCAGAGUCCAGUUCAAGCAGUUCCUCCUCGGCUUCCUCCAGGAGCUGGAGCCGGUCCAGGUCCAGAUCAAGGUCAUGGGCCAGAAGAAACGGUUCCCAGAGGCACAGGAGAUAUUCUCGUUCGUACUCCAGAAGCCGCUCCAGGUCCCGUGGCUACGGGAGGUACCGAGGGAGGUACCAUGUCAGGCACUACCGGAGGUACCACCGCUCCCCUCCGAGGUACAGGUCACGCAGCAGGUCGUGGUCUCGUGGAAGAUCUUACUACAGAAGGUCCUAUUCGAGAAGCAGAUCCCGUUCCAGAGGCCGGAGAUACUAUGGGUUUGGGAGAACCAUCUAUCCUGAGGCUUACAGGAGCUGGAGGAGCAGGUCCCGAACAAGAUCCCGGAGUAGGUCACCUCUCCAUUUGAGUGAAAAAGAGAAGAGGGAGCUUCUGGAAAUUGCAAAAGCUAAUGCUGCAAAAGCUCUGGGGACAGAUAACAUAGUCUUGCCAGCAAGCUUGAAGAUCCUUACUCCUUCCAAAGAGAUAAAAAAUGAAAAACAAGAGAAUGAAGAUGCUGGAGAGUCAGCUGAGCAAACCAGAAGCCUGGCAGAAGACAUGACCAAGGGUGGAGUGGAACGAGUAGCCAUGCAGAGAAGCAUUUCUUUCAGUCCUAAUAAUACAAUGGCAAAACCAGUCCUACAGAAAACAGUGAGCCAUGUUGUUAAAGAACCAGCAGUUUCUCCUGCAAGAGAAGAGGACAGAAAGGGAAGUCCCUAUGGGCAGUGGGUUCCUGUCAAGAAGGAGAAGAAAACAUUUUUAAACUUCUCACCUAAAAGUGCCCCGUUCAGGGCACGCUAGUGGAUUUUUUUUGCUGUCUGUGACUGCAGGAUUAUACACACUUCAGUAGAGAGAUCUGAAAUUUCCUUAUCAGGUUGAAGACUUGUUAAUACUGUGUAUUUAUUCUGAGGUCUUGAUUUUGGAAUCCUAGGUUUCUCUUUCAGAUGUAGAGCGCAGAGAUCCAGAAGCCACAGGUGGGAAUUUUGUGUACAUUUGUAUAUAUUUUGUAUUGCUUUAAAGGACUAGAACCUCCAGGUGGGUAACUUUUUCUAAACAAUAGUUCCAUAGCUGUUAUUUUGAACACUUGAUUUACAUUGUGUAACUGUUUACUUUAAGUAAAUAAAGUUUAGUUUUCCACUGGC